UUGUAUCCUUGGAUAUGCAGAUGAAGUAGUGGAGGAGCGAAUUGCAGAUGAUGAUGUCAUACUCAUCAAAGGAACUAAAACAACAGGGGUUGUGUCGAUAAUUAUGAGAGGUGCUAAUGACUUCAUGCUUGAUGAAAUGGAUAGGGCGUUACAUGAUGCUUUAUGUAUUGUCAAAAGAACCCUCGAAUCCAAUACAGUGGUUGCAGGAGGGGUGCAGUUGAGGCUGCUUUUUCUUUGUAUUUGGAGUACCUUGCUACAACUUUGGGGUCCCGCGAACAGCUGGCGAUUGCAGAAUUUGCUGAGUCAUUGUUGAUAAUUCCAAAGGUUCUUGUUGUGAAUGCUGCAAAGGAUGCAACUGAUUUGGUGGCUAAGGUUCGUGCGUAUCACCACACUGCACAAACUAAGGCGGAUAAGAAACAUCUGUCAAGGUGAGCUCUUUUUUUUUAGUGAAAUACCGAAAAUGCCAUUUUACUGAUGCUGUUUUGGUUUUGAUUUUUCAGCUAUUAGGAGAAGGUGCUCCAUCUGAUGCAUCUUUUUUAAGUGGAUCAAACAUUAAAAUAGAAGAGAAAUCUAUAAAGUCCAAUUUCACAUCCUUAAAAAGGAGUUGUUCUUCUUGAGCUGAUGUCAUUGAUAAAAAGCUUGCAAAUGAUGACAUGGUUUCCAGGUCCACUUAAUUAGUGACAAUUUACCUUUUUGCCCCUCCCCCAUACCAAAAAAAAAUUCAUCAAUUCUAUUAUGUACAAUAUGAAUGAGAAGCUGAAACAUUAAUGCUACUAUUGAUGAUGCUUAAUGAU